GUAUAGCGGCCAACAGCUCUGCUCAGCGCUUGAGCCGGCAUGCAAAACGCAACAGCACCGAAGAUGCCAAGCAUGCCAAGCAGCCCAAGCCGCACCUCGCGGCACCUAACGGAGCCGCGGAGCCUGCAGAACCUGCAGAGCUCCCGCCUUCCCUUGUUGCGGGCAACCGGACGAACCAAACACUCCAGAAGACCUUCCAACCAAAGCCUGCGCCGAUCAGUAAGUCU